ACUCACUCUCGUCUCGCAAGUAUUUUUCCAUUAUCACAACAAACAAGCAGUAGGCUGACAACAGAGGCCUCCUCCUUUUCUGCCCGUUCCAGUCUGUAGAAAUCUGUCAAAGUGGAUCCAUUUGGCUUUUCAGACAUGAUCAAAUUCCUGGUGACUUUCGGCGCCGGUGUGUAUACUGGUAUAUACAUCACGCAGAACUUCGAGGUUCCUCCGGUGGACGAACCAGCCAAACUAUGGGCCAAGGCGUCCGAGAAGGUGAAAGACUUUAUGGACCAGAACAAAAAGCCCUAGGGCUCUCGUGAAGUGUGAAGCUGUGUUUCUUAGCUAAUAGGUUUAUGCUUUUACAAAACGGAGCCCACACAAAGAACUACAUACCGCCGGGGCUGAGGAUUUUUUUUUCAUUUUACCUCAUUAAAAUAAUACAAAUUAUCGCUUAACGAAGAAAUUAGUUUUGUCAAAUUCUUGCUUCAUAUUUAUAAAGAUGAAAUAUAAAUCAUUUACCUAAUAAGAAAUUUAAAA